UCUUAAUCGUCUUUCCAGUAGAAGUGAACUGACCUUUCUCCGCCCACGAUGCCGACCUUCCAAGACACGACCGAGGACCUCAACCUGACCUCGGAGUGCCAGGGAGUACCCGAGGCCUGGGCACUCCACCUGGGCAUGGCCUUCACCGGCACCGUAGCUGUCUCCGGCGCCGUUUUAAACCUCCUGGCGCUAGCGGUGUUCAUCCAGCAGGCGAGAGAGAGGCCCUGUCGCCGCCUCGUGGAAUUCACCUCAGAUAAAAUCCUCAUGUUGAAUUUGGUACUUGUCGACUUCCUGUACUGCCUGGUAGCCAUGCCCUCGCUCCUGGCCACGUACCUCCUGCCGGUGGAGUACCAUUCGCUCCACCAGGGCGAGGCCGAGAAGCCAGUGCCCUUCUGCAAAAUCACGGGCCUCCUCAGGUACAUUAUGAACAGCGCGGAGAUCAACACCAUUAGCCUCAUCUCGCUCGAAAGAUGUCACGGUAUCCUAAAGCGAAGUCAUCUCCUCUCCAGCAGACAGGCCAUCGGAUGCUGCGUCUUCGUGUGGAUACUCAGCACGGUUCUCCAGCUGGCUAUUCUGCCCUCGCUCAAGUUUGGCUUUAACGAGUGUAUGUUCAAGUGUGAUUUCCUCGCCAUGGGUUGGGCUAGGGUGCUGGUGUUCCUGGCAGAAGGCGUAGGACCCGUGGUGAUACUGGUGGUGGCGUACUGGCUCGUGAUCUGCCACGUUCUGCGUCAGAACUUCUACGGUCUCCCAGUCACGUGUUCGGUCCAGGAGCAAAGAAAGGUCGCCAGGAGGACGCGCAGGGUUGUGUGCUGUCUCGUGCGCUACAUGGGACUGUACAGCGCAUCCAUUAUCCCUGUGUGCAUAUACAACAUCCUAGACACACGGGGCAUGUACAAGGAGCUAGGUAUUCUUAUCUACUGUCCAUACUGGUCGCUGUUUGUCGCCAAUACCUGGAUGUACUUGGCGGACGAUAAGGAAUAUUGCCUGGCUCUCGUGGAACUUUUGGGCAGGGUGUUCGGCCUGAGGAAGUGGGCGAGGAGGAGGAGGAGGAACUACUGCAGGAGGAAGAGGAGGGAGCACCCGACGAGUACCCAGGUGUCCCCGUCGUGCCUCGUGGCUCACCCUCCGAGCUCGUCCUUCGUGUCUCUCAUGCCUUCGGAAGGACCCGCUCCAAUCUACCGCACCCUCGUCGACCUCCUCCUCGACCUUCUCCUCGCUCACCCCGUCCCUUCCUCCCUCUGCUCUUCCUCGACGCCCCCCUCCUUCCCCUCUCUUUCCCUCCUCCUCCUCCUCCUCCUUAUCCCCCGCAGUUUUCACCCCGGAGGCCUCCAAAUGCUCCAGGGCCUUCAUUGCGUGCUCGCCGGGGUCCGAGACUUCGAUAUUCCCAUUUUCUACGUCAUUACACCUUUCCGCCUGCCCGACUUGCGAAAGAAAACGGGGAACUUGGACUAUAGCUUCGGCAAACUCCAAGGCAUACAGGCAAAAGGGCUUAUGAAGACUUACCGUUUACCCCUUGGCAUUAAGGCGCUGGCGUGCUGGGGAAGCAAAUGA